AUGUCGGGUCCCAUUCGACCCCGUGCAGGGCGCACUUCGGCGUCCACUGCAUUCCUUGUCUACAUUCUGGGCUUCGCGUUGUGUUUCUCCACCGCCGUCUUGGCUAGUCCUACUAUGCCAUCACUCGACGCUCGAUCUCAGUUGCCCUUCUCCUCAGAAGAGAUAUCUGCAACCUCCUUCGAUGUGCUCGGAGUCCAGCGAGUCAACGUCACUCUGGCAGUCAUGUCCAGGUGCCCUGACGCACUAGCAUGCGAGGCCGCUUUCGACAAGGUGCUCGACCGCGUCAACGCAAAGACCCACCUCACCAUGACCUACAUUGGCACCAUCGACAACGAUUCGAAGCACAACAAGUAUGGCGCCGACUGCAUGCACGGCGAGCAAGAGUGUGCCGGCAACGUCCAACAGCUUUGCGUUCAAGACGCUCUCAAUCCCGUCCGUGCUGGCGAGGACUACGAUCUUAGCCCCAGCGCCGCUCAGAAGAAGUGGUGGAACUUCCUCCAGUGCCAGAACUACGCCGGCACCUCCAAGAUCGGCAACGAAGAUCUCGCUCAGCGAUGUUUGCGUCUCGUCGACGGCCCCUCGUGGGACAAGGACGGUAUUGCAAAGUGCGUUCACGGCAAACGAGGUCGCAAGCUCCUCCAACACAGCAUCAAGGCCUCCAAAGCGGCCAACCUCGGCACAUCUUGCACCAUCGUUUUCGAAAACGGAAAGAGAUGCACUCGCGACGGUGGCGCCUGGAAGAACUGUGAUCUUGGACAUCAGCCUUCCGACUUUGUCAACGAGAUCGAACGCAUCUGGUCCGACAAGAACGGCGGUUCCAAACAUGUCUCGUCCACUAGCCCCAGCAAGGUUGCGUCGGGAUCCCCAAGCCGAAUCGUCAAGAGGCAGAGCAGUGCUUCGCCAACCGACAAUACCGGAUUCAACAAUCCCUUUGCCGGCAACAGUACCCCGCCUAGCGUAUUCCAUGAUACCCCGCGGACUCCCGCGUCCGACGGGGCGGUUCGACAUGCAAAAAGGCAGAGUGCCAAUGUCUACCAGUUCUCUGGACCUAACCUCCCUACUCCUUUCCUCGCUUUUGCCGGCACAGCCAUCGCUUUGUUCGUCAUUGUCGUCUGCUUCGUCCUUCUGAGGAUCAUCUUGCGCAAUCGUCGACUUCGCCGUCUCGGUCUGCUGCCUGACGGGCCGUUCGAUCGCCUGCUCGGGCCGACGAGGGAAAUCGAGGACACGCUUACACCGCCCAAGCUUCUCGAAGCUCGCAUCGCGCACGACGCUCGACCCACCGCCUACGAUGCAGAGGUCAAGGCCAAAGGCUGGGAUGCAGUCAUGCCCAUCUCUGCUGCCGUGCCACCCGUGCUCUACUCGGAUCUCUUUCCCAGGUCGAAAGGUCAAGAUGGCGGGUCUUCGAACGGUGCUGGCGAUGGCAACGACGCAAGUGUAGGCGGUCAGACCGACUUCUCGUAUCCUCCGACGUCUUCGCAAUCAGGCGGCCUGACUCGUCGUUUGCAUGUACCUGGCUUCUUGCGACGCAACGGUGAUGGCAGCUCCCACGACGAUGCUGCCGGUCCCGGCGCGGCUGGAUCGGCAGGCGACGCCGGCGCAAAUGGAUCCGCAGGAGAGGCAGGUCUGAAUUCGGACUCCAGCACGCCAGCAUCUGUCAACGUAACCGUUCUCAUCGCCAUGCCAUCGCAGCGCACAGUGUUCCCUUCAACGUCCACGCUCAAGUCACAGCGAUCGCUCAACAUGAACGCGAUCGACACGAGCAAGAUCGACGAGGUGGAGGAGAGCGCCGAUUCUCAGCACGGCGGCCUCAGGCGAACCGCAAGUAUGAAGAGUUUCCGCACUGCAGCCUCUGUCAAGAGCAUCGGCGACGCUCGCCGGGAAGCUUUCUUCAACAAGAUGAACGAAGGCGAAGCCAACGUCGUCGACGUGCCGGCGACCAACUUGGACGACGAAGACGAGGAGGAGCUUCCAGAGCUGGUGUUCGGCACGGCAAGUGUGCCCAUCUUCACGCGCAUUGCGGGCGCUGGUCCUGUUGGCCGAGAGCCCUUCGCCGGCACCAUGGAAGCGUAUCAGCCGUUGAGAUCGGAGCUCGUCCGACUGGUAACGAGCGCGCACCAAGCACGCGAGCGCAAGGUUGCCAUGGACGCGGCCGCCCAGCAGGCCGAGAAGGACGCCGCCAACGCAGACGAUGGUCAGACGACGCUCGACGAGAGGUCUACCAACCAAGGUCAAGCCACCGUCAACACUAACAAUGGCGUUGUGCCCGCAACUGACCGCCGCGUCAGCGCUAGCGAGACGAUCGACAGCGAGACAGCCGCCAUCAUCGGCGCGCCCGGCCUUGCUACCGUUCCCACAGCGCAUCAGGACGGUCUUGGCGAUGUCGUCGGACGGAUGAUGGCGACGGACGCCCCGUCGUCGGCGAUGCCUGCACCUGCGAUCGGCAACCGGGUGAGCAGCUCGACGGCAGACGCUGCGCCCUACAACGUCGAUCCACUGCUGGGAGACAACGCCCCUUCGCACGAUGCCAGCAACCAACGCAACGCCAGUGUCCCCGAGAGAGCGGUCUGA